GUCCCGCUUGAUGUCACUGCCUGUCUGGUCAAUAGGCACGACCCAACUGCUCUCUCCAGAUCUCCUCCUUGUUCCUCACGCCCACCAUGAAUAUUGUCGAAUGGGCAUUUGGCAAGCGCAUGACGCCAGCGGAGCGUCUGCGCAAGCACCAACGGGCCCUCGAUCGAACACAGCGUGAGCUAGACCGCGAGCGCACAAAGUUGGAGAACCAGGAAAAGAAACUGGUACAGGAUAUUAAGAAGAGCGCCAAGAAUGGCCAGAUUGGCGCUUGCAAGAUCCAGGCCAAGGACUUGGUCCGGACGAGACGGUAUAUCCAGAAAUUCUAUCAAAUGCGCACACAAUUACAGGCCAUCUCGCUUCGCAUCCAGACUGUUCGGAGUAAUGAGCAGAUGAUGCAGUCGAUGAAGGGCGCAACGAUGCUGUUAGGCAGCAUGAACAGGCAAAUGAACCUCCCGGCCCUACAGCGCAUCACGAUGGAAUUCGAACGCGAGAACGAAAUCAUGGAUGAACGACAGGAGAUGAUGGAUGACGCGAUUGAUGAGGCAACCGGCAUGGAGGACGACGAAGCGGAAGGCGAGGAUAUUGUCAAGGAAGUCCUUGAUGAGAUUGGUGUCGACUUGACCCAGGCGCUGGGUGAGACACCGUCGGGCGAGAUACACAAAGAAUCUACAGGUGGAACUCGGGUUGCUCAGGCUAUCGGCGGCGGCGGCGGUGGCGGGCCAGGUGAUGGUGGUGAUGAUGACCUUCAAGCCCGUCUGGAUAGCCUCAGACGAUGACGGAGAUGCCCCCUUGUUUUACCCCUUUGUAUCGUUGCGCAUGAGCACUUACCGUAUUCAGCAUGAGGGCGGGCACUUGACUUGAGCCUCAUUCUAUCUGACGAUCUCUUUUGGUGUUCUUAGCGUUCUAUUAUUAUCUCAACCUGCAACAUGUUAUGAUUGCUGCCUAUCUUAUGGUAUCGCAUCCUGAUUGGUUGUGGGGUCCGUACAUCCGCUCCAAUCCGAUUACCUUUUU